AUGAUUAAUGUCCAGACCCCUGCAAAGAGUGACCAUAUCGAUAAUCUUACUAUAAUAUUGGACUCCCGGCUACCAACUCGAAUCACGUUGUGGGACGAAACAACGUGGAGUGCAAUGAGGCAGAAGUAG